AUGUACAGCAGCGAGGUACCAAAGUGCUGCCGGUACAGCAAGCAGCAGGCAGAGAUGGGUGGUGAAAAGGAGUCCCUUAGCCUCAGCGGCGCCGAGAGCGUGGCCAAGGGCCGGCGUGCCCGGUCUGUGAGCAACCUGCUGCAGCCCCGUGACUGCGUGCUCUCCGCCUGGUCCUCAUGGAGCAAGUGCGAUCCCUGCCAAAAGAAAAGGUACAGAUUUGCCCGCUUGGAACAACCUUCUCAGUUCAAUGGAGAUCCCUGUGAUUACACUGACAAAGAAACCGAAGACUGUGUUACAACUAAUCCUUGCAGGAGUAAAGUUAGAUGUGAAGGUUUUGUGUGUGCAGUUACAGGGAGAUGCAUUACACGGAGGCUGCUUUGUAAUGGGGAUGAUGACUGUGGGGACCAGUCAGAUGAAAAAAACUGCAAAAAAGUGUUUAAAAAAUGUGACCAGGAGAUGGAGCAAUACUGGGGAAUAGAGAAUCUGGCAAAAGGGUUAAAUAUCUUCACAAACAACUUGGAAGGAUUAGUUCUUGAUCACAGGUACUAUGCUGGGGGAUGUUCUCCCCAUUAUAUCACGGACACAAGAUUCAGAAAGCCAUAUAAUGUUGAAAGCUAUACACCAGAGACCAAAGGCAAAUAUGAAUUUACAAUGACUGAAUAUGACUCCUACUCAAAUUAUGAAAGCACUGUCCUGAAGGCAAAAGCUUCGCAGACUAGCUUCAGCUUUGGUAUUAAAAUACCAGGAGUGUUUGAACUUGGUUACAAUUCGAAUGACAACAGGUUCAAGAAGUUCCUUCAAAGGAUGAAAAGGUUUUCUUCAACUUCCAGCAAAUUCAUUCAUGCCCGUUCUGAGCUGGCUGUUGCCAUUUAUAAACUGAAGCCCCGAGCCCUGAUGCUGCAUUACGAGUUCCUGCAGAGACUCCAUCAGCUCCCGUCAGAGUACAGCUAUGGGGAGUACAGAGAGCUCUACAGAGACUACGGGACCCAUUACAUCACGGAGGCUACCGUCGGUGGCAUCUACGAAUAUACUUUAGUCCUGAACAGCAAUGAGCUGCAGAAGGCAGGUUAUUCUCUGAAUGAUGUCCAGAAAUGUGCACAGCAUGGCUUUAACAUUGGUGCAAAUAUUGAUGGUGUCUAUCUGAAGCUUGGAAUAAAUGAAGCUGGCUGUAAAUCCCUUUUAAAAGAGAUUGGAGACGGCACCUCCAAAAAACAGUAUGUGGAAGAUUUCAUCGUUCUUGUCCGUGGCGGAGCAAGCGAACACAUUACCACGCUGGCUUACAAAGACCUGCCAACGGCUGCACUCAUGCAGGAAUGGGGAGAUGCUAUACAGUACAACCCCGAAAUCAUAAAGAUAAAGGCAGAACCACUGUAUCAGCUGGUGACUCCAACUGACUUUGCUAAUGCAAUCACAAUAAAAGAAAAUCUGCGACGGGCUCUUGAUGAGUUUCAGCUGGAGACCAGUUCUUGUCACUGUGCUCCGUGCCGCGGCAAUGGCAUCCCCUUUCUGCAGGGAACUGAGUGUGAAUGCUUAUGUCCCCUUGGCUACAGCGGCACUGCCUGUGAGAUCAGCGAGAGGAAAGAUGCUGCUAUUAAUGGCAACUGGGGUUGCUGGGCCAGCUGGUCUCCAUGUUUGGGAGGUCAACGAACAAGGAGACGACAGUGCAACAACCCUGCCCCACAAAACGGUGGUUCAUCAUGCUCAGGGCCAGAUGCUGAGACAGUUCCUUGCUAGAGGGAGUCAUUAGGAAUUUACACAAAACUGAUGAACAAUUUGCAAACUGAGUGGGAAGAUGUUACCUGACUGGCUUGCUCAGUUGGCUUUGCUCUGCUUCCAUGAGUGCAUUCUCAUCCUAGUGCAUUGAAGUUGGGAGCAUUUCUGAAGGCACUGGAAGCUGGGUGUGUGUUCUGAAUCACACCUUUGGACGUGCUUUGCAGUUGUCCCAUUUGAUUCAAUGUGCUUACUGUUCUUAAUAUUUUGACUUCUCUCUGUCUUUAUUGCAACAGGCUGAGACAAGCUUUAUCUCCUGCCUUGUUUGGUAGCUGCAUGAUUUUAAAUUUUACUGUCUUGUUUUUGAAGGUUGCUUUGAGAUAAGAAAAGACUGAUCUUACGUGCAUCAGAAUGUGCGCUAAUAUGCAGCUGCUAUGAAGUCAGCUGUUUCAUGUGGAGCAAAAUACAGCACAUUAAAGUCUAAAUCUCAAUGAACAAAAUAGUAUCUAAUGUGACAUUUAAAGCCACUGUGCCUUGCUACUCCAGUUUCCCAAUUUAUUUUAUUUAACUUAAAUUGUCUGUUGUAUUAGAAAUUGUCUUGAAGGAGUGAAAACUGAAUUGUGAAGAACAGUCUGGUGACACCAAAGCAUUGUUAGACUGUAUAGCAGUUCUACUGCAGCAAUGAGCUUCCUCCUGUCAGUUUCUGAAGUAGAACAGAUACAUGGAGAGUAUCAGAUACACCCCGGGAUGCUCAGAUACACUGAUGCUCUGGUUCCUUGGGAAGAAGAGGAGAAGACAGAGAGAUGCUACUGGGAUGGGGAACUGGAAGGCAGCUGCUGCUCCUUCUGCUCUUGGGGAUGUUGAAAAGUGGGAGAGAUGGCUACACUUGCAGGAGGGGCUGCACCCUGACUAGGGGCUGUCACUCCAGGAUGCCAGGACCCCCCACUGGAGCAGGCAGCUUUUCUGUCAUGGGUAGAAUAAAUGGAACAUUUUGGAACAAACAUCUUUGCACAUCCACUGAGAUCUUCUGCCCUUAGGAGUUGCCUCUGCCCCAACCGGGCUCUGGUUCAUCCGUUUGAUCCCGUGAAAGCCUGUAUGUCAGCAGCUGCAUUGCUACUCCACUCAGAUUAGGACAUUUGAGAUGGAGAGAGUUUGCUAUGAAAAGAGGCAAAGCAAAGUGAAUGAUUUGCCCUUGGUUACUGUCCAUGGAGCCAUGCAUCGCAAUCUGGGUCAAACGAAAAAGGAACUUGUAAUACUGUGCACUGUUUCAUGACUGACCUGAGCCUGGGUUGUUCAGGGACUUGCCUCCUACAGCUUUGUUGGUGAUUAAUGAUUUUUGCAAAGACAUUUGGUGGGGCAUGCUGUAAAAUAGCCAGCAAUAGCUUUGCUCCAGGAAAAUGAUUCCACCAGUGCAAAGUUGUUCAUAAGUGUUGUGAGUCUUCUAUCAUCUGCAAGGUCAAACACUCUUCCAAGGGUUUUUCAGCAAUGAUGGUGAUGAUGGGUUGGUAUCACCAGUUUCUCUCCUUUCAGACUGACGUUGUCUAAAUGUAAUUCUUGUAAGAACAACUCAGGCUCUCUGACAUCUGAACAAUGGAACAUGCAUUUAGUUGUAGCCCUCAUGCCGCCUCCACACUUAUCGACAAGUUUUUUGUGACAGCUUUGAGAAAGAAAGAGCACAUUGCAUAUGUAAAAGAAGAGUGCUCUGUACUCAUUAUGGGCUUCGUAAUUGAGCUGCCAACCCAAAACAUAUCCGUUAUCCACUGUACAACUGUGAUAUCUUUUGUGUGAUAGAAAUUUGCCAAGAGAUUCAUUACAGGUCACGGUCAAUGAGGUCACUGCUUAUGUGAAGUAUGAUAUUCUUCAAAGUUUUUAAAGGAACACUGGAGAAGCUUUGCAGCAGAGGACCCUAAUCAUGGUUAAUGGGUGCCUGUGAGGACACAUACUGCAGUGUGGUUGCCUGCCCUUCUUGAGAAGCAUCAAUGUAAUCUGAUUAGGGAACUUUCUCAGAUGAGUCGAGUGGCUUUUGUGAUUUUGACCACCUUUCCUGACCAUCAAACUGGAGUAAGCACUCUGACACAUAGCCACGGUGCAUCUAUCCACUGCUGCAGCAAGCAGAGCCAAAUGUAGCAACCUGAAUUUGGACUGUUGUUCCCAGAUCAGAAAAGCCCAGAUUUUUCUGAAGUGGCGGUGCCUUGGUUUGGAUAUUUGUUUUUUUUGUUUGG